GUUAAGUAGGUGCUCCCGGCUCUACGACAAAUUUAUGUUUCCUAAUGCUAAGUGCUUAGAUGUCAAGUCUAUGAUAUACCGUAGGCCUGAAAGACAAUGGCUAAGAAAGUGUCCAGCAAAAACAUGGCGGUGAGAAGACACGAAGACGCUUCCUCGUCAAAAAAACCUCACCGGCACAAACAUCCGGCCUCGUUUGCAUUCGGACUCUCUUCCAAAACUCCCGCCAAAUUAACCGGCGUUGUCGUCUGCAUUUCAAUCGUCUCCCUGCUGCUCCUCCAAAAGUCGGACUUUAUCAAAACUCUAACAGCGAACGAAACCGCGUACGAGGGCGAGGAUGAUUUAUCCAACGUCGACCUUCACCUUGGCGGGUGGCGACCGGCAGACGACGACGUGAUGCAGAAGUACGGAUCUGCCGUCUGCAGCAUCGAGCGGGUCUCCGUGAAUGACCUCACGCCGGAAAGAUUCGAAGCGGAGUACAGAUUUAAGAAGCCCGUCCUGGUGACCUUUCCACGGGGGGCUCGGGACUGGACUGACCCGGUCAAGUGGUCGCGCCAAAGCCUGGUCAAAGCUUACGGCAGCUGGUCCAUCCGGCAGGGUCAGCCGUUGGAGAUUGUCCGGGCUGGGGGCAACGCUAAACAUUCGUCAUCUUUCGUGGAGUUUGUGGACAAGCUGAUAAACCACAGCAAUGGAAGCAGCCAGCAGAUGCAUUAUGGAUUUGACCGUCAAUUUUACUGGGAUACAGAACUACCAAAGACUCUUCGGCUACCGGAAUAUUUUAAAGUUAAUAACACAGACGACGACAGCAUCUUUUUCCUUGGCGGCUCCCUCUCGGGUGUUGUCUUCCACAAACACUCCGAUACAUGGAACGGUGUAGUCUACGGCAAGAAGAGGUGGUUUCUCUAUCCCGUCUCUAAGACACCCCCUGGGGGUGUUCAUCAUGGCUUCAACUUGCUUGACUGGGUCAACCAUGUUUACCCCAACUUAGAAGAGGGAGAUAAACCUAUUGAGUGCAUACAAGAAGGGGGAGAAAUCUUGUAUUUGCCAGAAGGAACCUACCAUGCUACCUUGAAUUUAGGGGAUACAAUAGCCCUGGCCAUACAAAAACAUCAGGCGUCAAUAGAACCUGAAAGGUUAUCAUAUGAAGCUACUCGUCUCAUCAAUGUCUUACAAGAUGGAGAGCAUGAUCAAGAAUCCAGGGACUCCAUCAAUAAAAGACUUAGGGAUGUCUACAUGAAAUGGCAGGAGUUGUUACCAGAAAAUGCUGAAGUUGCUCACAAACUUGGCACUGUUCUUUAUGACCUUGGACAUUAUGUUGAUGCAAUUCCUUUACACAUGAAAGCUAUCAAAUUAGAUCCAUAUUUUGUAUUCGCCUAUAUUCAUUUUGCAAGGGCAUUAGCUAAGGUAAAAGAAUAUGAGAAGGCUGAUAUCACAUUUCAAAAAGCCAUUGAAAUCUCCCCUAACUUAUGGGACAAUUAUAAAGAGUACGGUGAGUUUCUCCUCAACGUAGGGAAGCAUGAGGAAGCCCUUCCUAUUUACAAAAAGGGGACAGAACUGAUGCCUGAUCUCAUUCCUUUCUGGCACUACUACAAGUACUGCCAGCAGCAAGUGGGCGACACAGAAGGUGCUGAGGAGUCUGAAAAAGUCAUGGUGAUGCUGCGCAAGAAAAAAGAGUUAAAUAACUAAGCAGACAAAAAAAUGUCGCUGCCAUUUGUCAUGUUGAAACAAACGCUAGGAUUUGUUAUGCAGUUCAAUAUUUUCAUUUAAAUUUUUCUUGCUGAAUUUAUUGUACAAGCUGGGAAAUCUACUAGAGCCAGUGAUACAAAAUAUUUUUAAAAUAAUGGUUUAAAAAGAUAUUCGCACUCAAAAUUUAUAUAAAAGUGAGUGUAUCUAACACAAUUUAAACUAUUAUUAUUAUAGAUAAUUUGAUAAAU